UAAAUAAUCACUUCCGCCUCAAUUUAAUACAUUAGAUCAUCAUUUCCACAACAAUCUUCCAACUUGGAGUUUCCAGUGAGUCAACAUAAUUGCUUGCAUAUAUACACACAAAAAGAAACUGUCCCUUAGAGAUUUUUGUUAAGAGAAAAAACAACUUUGGAAAAGUGUGAUGGAAACUGUGAAUGAUAGCUGAUUAAAAAGUACCUGCUAUUUCACCUGAUAUUUAGGCCUAUUAUAUGCGAAAUUUAAAUGGUUCGGACGCUUCAAGUUAUCAAGUCAUGAUUUGAAAGAGCAAUUGUGAAUUCAUGAAUUGUUUUGAAAUGAGCUUUAUAUUAUAAAACACAUACAUUAUUUAUCUGCAUUGACUUCAGCAGUUGAAUCAGUUGUUGUUGUUUUUUUUAAUACUUCACAAAGUUUAAAAUGGGCUCUACUGGGACUGAUGAUCAAUAUGAUUAUAUUUGGAAAGUUGUUCUAGUUGGGGACUCUGGUGUUGGUAAAACAAAUCUCCUCUCACGUUUCACGAAGAAUGAAUUUAACAGUGAAAGUAAAAGUACCAUAGGUGUUGAAUUUGCCACAAGGCAUGUGACAAUCAAAGGUAAAACUAUCAGAGCCCAGAUCUGGGACACCGCAGGUCAAGAACGAUACAGAGCUAUAACUGCUGUAUAUUACAGAGGUGCUGUUGGGGCACUGGUGGUUUAUGACAUCACAAAGAGCCAGACGUUUGAGAACCUGGUCAAGUGGCUGCAAGAGCUGAAGGAGCACGCUGACACCUCGGCCAGAAUAAUGAUCGUGGGCAACAAGUCAGACUUGAGGCACUUGAGAGCUGUCACGCAAGAGGAGGGGCGCUUGUUGGCAGAAAAACACAAGUUUUCAUUCAUUGAAACAUCAGCAUUGGAUGCUACAAAUGUUGGUGAAGCAUUUAACAAUCUCCUUGUUGAUAUCUUUAAAUCCCAAGUUGAGGACUCUAAUGCCAUCCCACCCUCCAAUUCCUCCACCCCUAACCACAGUGUCCAGAACAGUAGCCGUGUACACCUGCCAAGAGAAGAAACAAGUUCAAAUCAACCUGAACAACAAUGUUCAUGCUGAAUUGAUUUCAUUAAACGAUCUUUCAGUUGAUUUAAUCAUAUCAUUUGUGUGUGUGCAGUUUUGAUUGCAGUAUGUAGGUUAUCUGCAUGGAUGAUAUAUCUUUUAUUCUUAUUUUAGGUUAAAUUAAGAGUAAUUUCAAACCCAAAGUGUUAAAAGAAUAUUGUAUAACAUUUCACUUUUUCCUUGCCACUCAAUUUUUAUUAUACUAAACAAGACUUUUUAAGAUUUCUUUAAUGUAGCUCUAUUUGUUUUAUAAAGUUUCCUUUUUUAAAAUACUAUUUAAAUUAAUUCUACAUUUUUUUCCUCGUCUUUACUCUGAAUCAGUAAAUUUUUUGUGUUUUAUUAAGAAAUAAAGCUAUUGACGUUUACAAAUUCAUUUUUUAAGCAGCUACAAAAUUCUUUUAAAAGAUUAUUUUUAAUCUCAAAACCAUUAUGGCUUUGCCAAAAUCAGUAUGGCUUUAUCAUUGAUUAUGGCUUAUUUUCUCUGCAUA